AUGGAAUCUUGUUCUAUGUGGCUUGAUAGUCGAGUGAUUGUUCGAUUACUGUUCAAAUGUCCUUCCUCGACCAAUCACUCGCGAGUCAGAAGACACGCUUCCGGUCGACCUUAUUUGUUUCGGACAGUUAUGGAGAGUCGGGACACCAAGGUCUCGUCCAAUCGUAACGCAUCUUCCUGGCCUGAUCUGACCACAAUCUCUGCUCGCCCGCAGCCGGACCAUUGGCGGCCUAAAACAGUUCGAACAGAACGCCGGGUAGAUGACCAAUUCACAUCCCAGAGUUUGACGAAAUCCACGGGAACUGGCGAUGCGCACCAACCGAUUCGAGCAUCCAUCAGUCCACCAGAUCGAUUCACUUUACUCAUUAGUGAGUUUUCCUGGGUGAAUGGAAACCCACGAUUUGCACCGAAUCGUCCGGUCUAUUUCAUGGGUACGUUUUAUGGAACAAAUUAG